UUUUUUUUUAGAAACAGGAAUGGAUAAAAAUGUUUAACACUCAAUGACUUUGAGGUGGAUUUCGCAUAUGCCUACGUAUGCCUUUAAAGAAACGUGUACACCAACAACAAUUGAUGCGGUCAUGCAAACCCUUCCUCUCCGUCUAAUUGCGCCCCUCAUGAUGGCAUUAAUCGUCGGUCAUUGCUAUUUAAAAAUAUAUAGGCUAUUCUAUUUAAAAUUUAGAACAUUAAUCACAGAGGGCAAUUGAGACAUUUAGCUGACACUGAUCAAUCACGUAUUAUCGGGAUGAUGCGACUCGAAGGCCUCGUUGGACGUUAUUUAAACUACGUGGGGUCCUAAAUAAUAACACAAGGCUUUGAAUGGAAACGUAGUCCAUUUCCUUCCAAAGGCAUUCACUAUGACCCAAAUGACAGCGCAAACAAAAACUGUCGGUUAAGGGCUUGACAAACCAUACAGACAAUUGUAGUCAUAGGUAUAUUGUUAAACUUAUUUGAUAUUUACUUGACGUUGUAUGGCUUUCAAUGAUUGGCUACAUCACUGCCCAUACUGAAGAGAGAAUUACCGUGUCAGGAUAAGGCCGCGAAUACACUAGCGCGCACUCACGGACUAAAUCAGCAAACGCUUUCAAACGCAAGAAAUAAAGUAGGAAAACAGUCGUGGUAUCAAUUCAGUUAGCGUACGGUUGCAUUAGGCCUAGAACUACACUAAUUGUAACUGAAAAUAGCCACAAAAAAAACAAAAAAAUCGCGCACCUAGGCCUACAUGACAGCAGCUUCGGACAUAAGGGUACAAUUUAGCAUCUAACAUACAUAUCCAAAUCACUGCAUUUAUGUAUUUUUUAAUAUAGCCUACUAAACGUAGACUAUUACAAUGCAUGCCUAUAUUUCAGUGUUGACUAACUGCGUGCGUGCUAAUAUCCUAUAUUCGUUCAGAUUUUAAGCGGAAGCAGUACAUUGGUGACGGUCGAAAAGAUGUUCAUCUUACAGCCUUGUAAUAGCCUAUCGAAGUAUAUUUAUAACAAAAACAAAGCCACAUAUGCUGCCAUUACUGACUUCACAAGAAACACAUUUGGAAACGUUUUUGGACACUGCAGUGGACUACAUUUACAUAGGGCCUAAUAAUGUACGCUAUAGGGUUUAAAGUGCCAAAUUAAUAUUAUACACUGUCAACUGAGGCCUAGAAUAGCCUAGACCAAGACAGGCAACGCGCAAAAAUGAGCACAAAGCAGCAGAACAUGAUCAAACAAGGUUCGACACAAUUUUCAGAAAAGAUAGAAAUGUAGGCCUGCUUAGGUCUCCAUUAUAAUAUGUAUUUAUUAUGAAAGUACAUACAAACCCACCUCAAAGACAAUCGUCAUGAAAUGCCCUUGGUCGCCAACACAAAGCUUGGAAAAUAACCUAAAACAAAACAAAAAAGAUCCUUAGCAAUAAACCUCCGACAUUCCUCUCGGUUGGGCGGAAGACAAAAGACGCCAAAAGGUCUAACGACAGCUCUGAACAUGCAUAGUGCAUUAAUAAAUCUGUCCAUUAGUUCCAGGCGAAACAAAGGGCACGUAAACAAAGAAGUCUGAUGAGACCGCCAUUCACUGCUCCUGCACGGACAGUCAUCACCACACACUACUGCGCUGGAAGCCAUGAACCGCGUCCCACUAGUACGUUACAGCCUGCCUUUUCACCGAAUUCCAGUGGCAAACCUUUGUUACCAUCUCAGCUGAUCCCUCCAAAAAGUGUAUAUCCGGAGUUGAUCCCUUCAGUUCGAAGGCAAUGUUCUGUGUUGCCUACGUCUGCCCUGCAAAUUGUAGAAAGGUUACCUUGAACUAGAAUACUCAAAGAUUGUCUUUCCCCUCGUCUCGUUGCUAUUUCAGUCCCACUCCCCCGGUUCCUUUAAAAGGUUGCCUUGAAACCGCCUCAUCGGGGUGCGACUUGGGUAUUUUGAAACCGCUCAACAUUUUUUUCCUAACCAACAUUGUUGCAACAUAGAAAACGUAGGCUAUCUGGUCAGGUCCUUGAAAUUCUACUUCGUGCGUUGUAAAAGUGAGACACCUACACAUCGUGUUCCGUUUUAAUCAUUAGGAUAUGACAUUUGUUAGGUCUGCUCAAGUUCCGCUGACAGGCAAUCCAUUGCAUAGGCUACAUAUUCGCUUUACCUGUAAGUUUAGAAGUAAAUGAAAAACUGGUGUAAAUCUACGUGCUACUAAAGCAGUACUACGCCAUAUGGACGACAUGAAAAGUAGUGUGGAGUGAAAAGGGCGGUCGGCAGAAUGCCGGAUAAGGACACGGAUAUGCCCGGAAACCUAAGGACAGUAUAGCCAGGACUGGCUUAUUCGGAAUUUCCGAUUGAACUAAUACUUUUUAUCAAGUUUGCCUAUUGUGGAUGAUGGAUGGCCGUGAUUUUGGACCCCCAAGAUCUGUUCACGUCCCCCCUCCUUUGCUAUCUGGAUUGGCAAUGGAGCAACACCGACUCGGAGCAGCCGCCGCAGCCGGGAGAAUACCCCCGUCCCCCGGUCACUUAGGCGCGGGGCACCCGGCGCCAAUUCACUCUGGAAAAUUCUUAUCUUCGGCCAUUAACCUACAUUCUCACCACAGUGAUGCCUUUUCAGGUGCCUCCAGUAGUUUCCUCAGCAGCUACGUCGGUGGAUCCAACCCCCACGCCUCCCCUGGUGGCCUGGCCUCCGAGCCUCCCUUCAGGCCCCCCAACCCCAUGGCCCAGCUAUGGCCCUCACAUGAAGGUUAUCCCCAUCUCCCUGGCAGUCUCUACUCCAGUCCCUACAUUCCCGUCAGCCAUAUGGAGCACCCACAGCUAGGCCAACACGCUCUCUUCGACUCUCAGAAAGAAGGGUUCUACCUGCCCAGUCCUGUGGGGCAGCCAUCCUUGCACUCCCACUCCCACUCCAGUCUGUCCCGCAGCCCUGGCGCCCACCUGUCCAGCUCCAUCUCCAGAGACAAGGAGCCUCUCUCAGCCCACAAGAGCCUGAAGGACCCGGCCAGGGACCGAGAGCGGGAGAGGGAACGAGAACGAGAACGAGACCUGGCGAAGGACAAGGCCUUCAAAAUGGAGCUGGCUACACCGAUGCAGAGGCGCGACAGGGAACGUGAGCGGGAGAGGGAGAGGGAGCGAGAUCGGGAGCGGGAGCGGGAUCGAUCGAGGGAGGAGCGACCGCACAGCGUAGUGGAUCUGACGCAGGACGUUAAGACGGAGGACGAGCGCGAGCGGCGUCCCAUCACGGGCUCGGAGCGACUGGGCAAGGCGGCGGCCAUGGAGCACUCGUGGCCUCACGCCUUCCUCCACCAGCACCCGCACCAGCACCCGCUGGCCUCCUCCGGCGUCCCCGACAUCAAGCCCAAGAAUCCGCUGCAGACAUCAUCGCUUAGCAACUGCAGGAGCAGUAGUGGUGGCUCCGGGGCAGGCGGCCAACCCGCCCUGUCAACUCGAUGCUCCAGUGGGGAGCCAGAGCGGGAUCGAGGGCCUCGUGAUGACGAGAACUCUCGACCCGGCGCUGGCGGCGGCGGCGGUGGUCACCCGUUCUCAGCGGAGCGACAGAAGCGGUGUGACUCGGCGUCUGGUGUCCCGGGAGGCCCCCUGCACAUGUCUUACUCCGUCCCCUCGUCACUACAGAGCCCCCUGCCCCAUCUCCCGCCGCGGCUGGUGUCUUCUGGCCCCUACCCUCCACCCCCUCACCACAUGCCACCCAGCCUGUAUCCCUUCUACUCGGCCGCCAAGGAAGCGGGAAAGGAACACCGGGUGAUCGCUCCCACGUACGUGCCUUCUGUGGAGGUCUACGACGAGAGGAAGGGGCCCAUUCAGAUUGCCUCACAAGCCAGGGACAAUAAAAACGACAAAAGCAGGGACAGGGAAAGGGAACGGGAGAGGGAGAAGGACCGAGAUCGCGAACGUGAACGAGAGAGGGAGAGGGAGAGGGAAGCCUACAGGUCGGGCCCUCUGGUUGAGCGGACAGGACUGGUCGACCACGGGCGGCCUUUGGUGAAAAACGAGUCACCGCCUCAUCACUCUGACCACAAAAGAGAUCCCUUGCGGGAGGAAGGCUCGGUGAUCAGGUCAAACGGCUUCGCCCUCAAACGCCCCUCGCCCUCUGACAUGUGCCCCAGCAAAUCCAGGCACAGCCCCGACGCCCGGGACUUUCCCAGCCCUGCCCAGUCCAGACACAUGAUCAAAAUGGGUCUGGAAGCUGACCAUCGGAAUCAGGAACGGGAACGCGAGUGGGAACGGGAACGGGAGCGCGAUCGGACGUCCCGACCCACGCACCCUUUUGCCGGGAUGGACCCAGCCGCGCUGCACGGCGAACCCCAACACCCCCUCAAAGGCCUGGUCACGGCCGAGUCCAAGUGGAAGCCUUUUGACAUGGGAAACUACGCCACCAGCCACAUGGCUGCUCUGGCCGCCCACCACGGACACACGCCAGGAGGCCACCCAGGGGACGAGGAGGGGGCCAAACGAAUGUACCUGGAGCACCCCUCCAGCCUCCACCGGCCUCCCCGCAACAGCAGCAGCCCCGAGCGCCUCCCACACCCACACCCAACACAGCCACCACCUGACCCCCACCCAGGGGAGGUGUCCGCCAUGCAGAGCCUCAUCAAGUACAGCGGGAACUUCCCGGGGGAGUCCAGCUCUCGUCACCACACCUCCACCUCCUCCUCUUCCUCCACCUCCUCCUCCUCUACAGCCUCCGUGUCCGCAGCGGUGUCAGCAGGGGGCAGGAGCCCGUUUGGUGGGCUGGGCAGCAUGAAGAUGGAGGCUGCUCACGCUCAUAGCCAGAGUCACAAUCACACUCACAGUCAUGGUCACAGUCAUGUCCACAGCCACGGCCACAGCCAGGGGGCGGCGCCUGGCGUCUCCAAGGUGCAGCACCUCCCCCCACAGCAGCACGGCAAGACGCUGAAGAGGGAUCCGGACAGGCCCGACAGCGCCAAGUCCUUUGGUCGGGAUGGAGUCGGCAGCGGAGGAGGAGGGCCAGGUGGCGGAGGAGCUGGAGGAUCAGGCAGUGCUCAGGGGGAGGUGGAGGUGAGGCACCCGCCAGUGGGGAUCGCGGUGGCUGUCGCCAGGCAGCGGGACAACAGCAACAAGCCCAGCUCUGGGCCUGGGGACAGGGACAGGGACAGGCCCAUCCCUGGCGGAGGAGGCAUCAAAAGUUCAGGUCACGGCGAGGAGGAGCGAGGGGACGAGCGCACGCGUCACCGCGACGAGCGUCUCCUGACUGGCCGGCUUGAGCGAGACCAGGAAAAGGUUCUGAGGGAGAGCAAGGAGCUGGCUGACUACACGCAGAUGCACCCCCCCAUGGUCUCGGCCAGCGGACUCAACCCCAACCUGGUGGUGACGGGCGGGCCGGCCCUGGCAGGAACGGGGCGCUGGCCUGGGGACCCGGCCUCACACCUGGCCUCCCACCCCUGGCUGCCCCGCUCAGGAGGCCCCCCUGUAUGGCUCCCCGGCUCUCACUACGGUCUGCCUCCCCACUCCCUGCACCAGGGCCUGUCCACCGGUUACCCCCCUGCUAUGGCAGGUUCCAUGCCUGGGCCCUACCAGUUUGCCCGAGAUCCCCAGUCCGGACAGCUGAUUGUCAUUCCCACAGAACAUCUGUCACACUAUGCGGCAGCAGAGCUGAUGGAGCGGGCGCCCCCGCUGUGGCCGGCGCUGUACCCCGGGGCGGGCAGCUCCCUGCAGCACGCUCACCAGCUCCAGCUGCUCUCCCACCAGCAGCUGCUGCGCCAGCAGGAACUCUACAUGAUCCAGCAGCAGGCGGCCCAGGUCAUGGAGAUGCAGAGGAACGCCCAGCUAGUGGAGAGGCUAAAAGCCAGCGAACAAAGGGCUGAGAUGGAAGACAAGUCGGACAAAAGGAGCGAAGGGCCCAACAAACCCGGCCUGUCAGCCCCACCGCUGCACUCCCGCAAGCCCUCUCAGGGCCCUCCGCGCUCCCCCACCCCCUCCACCUCCUCCUCCACCUCCUCCUACAGCAAGGCCCUCACCCCGCUGCCCGUCGCCCCGCUCCCUUCGCCCUCUGUCACGGCUCUCAAGUCGGAGGAGCAGCAGCACCCUAAGGCUGAGAAGGCCUUCUCCCAGCAGUCCUACUCGCACCCCUCCACCCCCGCGCCACAUCCCCCAAGCCCGGCCUCGGCCUCCCCGCCGCCCCCCUCGCCCAUCCGGCCCAAGGAGGAGACGGUGGAGGUGGUGGAGGACAAGGAAGGUCUGGAGCUCCAGAAGCAGGUCUCUGCUGCUCCUUUCCCGUCCAUGUAUCCAGAGCUUCCUCCAGGCUACCCAUACCCACCACUCGCGGCUCCGUUUGCCGGCCACUACCCCUACCUCCUCCAGCCGGCCGCGGCCGCAGACGCCGAUGGCCUGGCUCCGGACGUGCCGCUCUCCGCCGAGACCUCGGAACACCUGGCUGUCUCCUCUGCAUCCUCCUCCUCCUCCUCCGCGGACGUCAAGCCCCGACACCUGUGCUCACCUGUGCUGGUGGAGCCACUCCAAGCCUCCAGGGACGCGGCGGAAGUGGGGCUGGUGGAGAUGCGGGGGGCCUCCCCAAAACAGGAGCCCAAGCUGGAGGACUGCAAGGAGGCCCUGAGCCAGGAAGCUCUUGCUCCUCUCCGCCAUUCCGCUGUGGCUACAUCCGCUGUCUGCGCGGAGGACAACCACCACCAUGGCUCACCCGGUCUGGAGGGCCAGGAGCAAUCCACUGCAUCAGGGCUGCCCAGGCUGGUGGACCGCAUGGAGGAUGGUGCUGCAGCCAUCAAGGUGGAGAUGUCGUCAUCCUCCUCCUCUUUGUAUAGCUGUGCCCAGCCGUACCCUGCCCCCGUCCGUGAGGGCCCGGUUGCGGAAUGCCGGCCCAAAAUGGAGGUUCCGGAGAUGUUCAUCAGUCGAGCUGAGCCGGCCUUCCAGCAGCAGCCUCCACCACUCCUGGCUCCCCAUGAGUCCUCCCAGCAGCAGCACCACCACCACCACCACCACCAGGAGGAGGUGCAUCAGGAGUCGCUACAUCCCUCUGAACAAGCUAUUGUUGCCCCAGAGCAGCUCAGUCCAUCUUACGAGCGGCGGGAACUCGCAACCAUGUCCCCUUCUCCCGAGAACGAGCCCCCACAACGAGACAAUCUGUUCCCCCUUCCCCAGCCUCUGUCUGUCACGCGCCCUUCCCCCCAGCCCCUCUCCCUGCAGCAUCAUCCACCACCACCACCCCUCCUCCCCCCUCCUCUCCCCGUCGCCCCCUCCGACCUCACCAUCCUGCCCGAGGACCCCAUGGCGGGCAUGCUCGCCCUGGUGACUGCCAGCGAGCUGCCGCAGGCUGGCUCCCUGCCGCUGCCCGUGCCCGCUGAGCACGCCGCCUCUGCCAGUGCCACGGUAGUGUCCCCUCUGGAGUCUUCUGCCCUGGAGGGCAUGGCCCUGCUCAGCCAGCUGGCAGAGAUGGAGAUGGAGAAGAGUCAGGAUGGCGCCACGCAGUGUGUGGAGCUGUGUGCCAUGGACAGCCUCCUGGAGGCCAGCAGGCAGGUGCUGUUGGAGGCCAUCGAGAGCCAGUCCCACAUCUGCCUCCCCAGAGAGCUCCACCCCGACAAGAAGUACAGCUGGAGACACAAGAAGGACGAGCCCAUGUUCUCCAAGGCAUCUCUGGAGGCGAUAGAUGCUGUGGAGGUGGAGUACCGUAUCCGCCUGGCGGAGCUGCAGCGCCGCUACAAGGAUAAGCAGCGAGACCUGGGCAAGCUGCAGAGGUGGAAGGACAGCCAGGAGAAGCAUCAGCAUCAGCACCACCACCACCAGCAGCAUGUUCUCCAACAGCAGCAUCAGCAGCAUCAGGAGGAGAGCAGCAGGAGCAUGGGCAGGCGGGGGCCCGGACGGCCGCGCAAGCGCAAACACGGCGGCCUCCUCGCCCUCUCACCGCCACACACCACCAGCAAAGCAGACGCCAAGUGUGCAAAGAUGGGCAGGACACUGCUGUACUCCGAGGACUCUGAGAGCGGCGAGGUUCUGAGGAAGCGGUUCCGGGGUUCCAGUCGAGACGAGGAUGAGGAGUUGGAUGUGGCAGCCAUGAGGGGGAAGAGGAAGCACAAGAGCUGGAAUGACCCUGAAGCCUCGUCCAGUUACUCCAGUGAGGUGCCUAAGAAGGCCCACAAAAAGGGCCGUGUGAGCGAACAGGAGCAGCUGGCCAGCAAGCUGGACAAGGCCUUGUCGCUCACUAAACUGGGUAAAUUCCCCAAGUCCUCCUCCUGUAGGUUUACCGAUAGCACUUCCUCAGGGAAGUCUAGGGCUAGUGGUGGUGGUGGUGGCGGCGGAGGUGGCGGCAGCGGUAGCAACAGCAGCAGCAGCAGGAGGCCCACGCUCACUGACAACGACCCCAGGGCUAAGGCCAGCAAAUCAGGCCUGGCUAAAGACCUGGUCUACGGGCACAAGUCCUCCUCCUCGUCCAAGGGAGGUAAAAGCAAAACCACCAGCAGCAGCAGUAAGCUGAAAGCCUCCGAUGCCACCCUCAAAGGAAGAUCUCAGCGGAAGGUGUCUUACUCCCCGGCUCGCUCGGAAAUCAGCAGCUACUCCAACAACACCGACUCAGAAGAGGAGAACUCUGUGAAGGAGGCCUGGCCUCCACGCCACCACCACCACCACCACCUCCUCGGUCGAGCCGGCGGCAGCAGCAGCACGUCCUCCCGGCCCUCCAUCCCCUCCAUGUCCAGCAGCACUCCGUCCAAGAAGAAAAAGAAGAAGCAUUCGUCGUCGUUUUCGUCAAAGAGGGCCUGUGCCUCCCCGGCCACCCUCCGCGCCAAACAAGCGGCCAAAGACCGGAAACACAAGCACUUUGCCAUGCUGCUUCAGGAGGCCGGAGUCAGCUCCUCCGAGGACUCGUUCGAUCAAGAGUACUUCACGGAUGAUUCCGAGGAAGAGGAUGAUGAAGACGUUGAGGACGACGAUGAUGACUAUGAGGAAGAUGACAAGUAUGACUAUGAGUUGGAUGAGAGUGACGGGCCGUGUUCGUCCUCGUUCGAGGAGAGCGGCUUGGGGCUCCUGGCACGGUUUGCGGCCAGUGCCAUCCCCAGCCCCAUGGUGGUCAGCACACCGCUCUCCCUCAUCCAGCUGGAAGCCAAGGACAAGGCCAAGAAGAAGCAGGAGAGGCAGGGGCUUCUGGGCCCAGACUUCGACUUCACCGACUCGGAGAAUGACGGAAAGAUCCGGAAGAAGUUCCCGUCCCUGCUGCAAGGCAAGCGCUCUGCUCCGGAGCUCCCCCUGCUGCCCCCGGCCAGCGUGGCCCGCGAGGACUCGAGCGGCACCGGCAUCCUCAGCAGCAGCAGCAAGCGCGGACGGAAGCCCAAGAAGGUCAAACCCGCGCGGGAGUUCAGCCUGGACCUGGGCAGCGGUGACGGCAGCGACGACGACCGCUGGAUCCGCCGCCGCAGCGAGCGCAUAUUCCUGCACGACGCCGCCCUGGCCACGCCCGUCUCGCCUCCCGUCCUCACCAGCGCCAGUAACAAGCCUCCUGCUGCGCCACCAUCCCUCGCCCCCAAAGCAGCCCGCACCCCCAAAGCCAGCCCGCAGAGCCCCAAGGAGAUCACUAAGCCCAGAGAGAUCAAGGAGCUCACUAAGCAGAAGAAGAAGGGGAAGGAGAGCGCGAGUACGUGUGGAGUGGUGGCGUCCUCUGCUCCUCCGCAGCUGUGCGGAAGCUCACACAUGGACACCACCGGCAACAACAACAGCAACACUCCCACUCCCCUCAGCCCCAGCCGCAAGGCCAAGGUCAAGCCCAAACCCAGAGAGGUGCGCUGUGGUAGUAAGGGCGGUGCUGUCAGCAGGCUGAUGGAGAGCAUGGCGGCCGACGAGGACUUUGAGCCCAACCAGGACUGCAGCUUCUCGGAGGACGAGAACACCUCCGUCAGCAACGGCAACAACACGCCGCCCGAGAGGCCCCAAACACCUGGCCCUCGUAACUGUGUGAUCGAUAAGGAUGAGCUGCAGGAUGGCUUGAGAGUGCUGAUCCCCAUGGAUGACAAGCUGCUGUACGCCGGCCACGUCAACACCGUCCACUCUCCUGACAUCUACAGUGUGGUGGUGGAGGGCGAGAGAGGGAACAGGCCCCACAUCUACUGUCUGGAACAGCUUCUCCAGGAGGCGAUUAUUGACGUGAAGCCCCCGUCUGUGAGGUACCUGCCCCAGGGAACCCGCAUCGCAGCCUACUGGAGCCAGCAGUACCGCUGCCUCUACCCUGGCACUGUCGUACGAGGGACUCCCGACAUGGAGGAGGCAGACGACCUGAUCACGGUGGAGUUCGAUGACGGAGACACAGGCCGAAUUCCCCUGUCGCACAUCCGCCUGCUCCCCCCUGAUUACAAGAUCCAGUGUGCGGAGCCGUCUCCCGCUCUGCUGGUGGCCUGUACCAAGCGGCGUGGCAGGAAGGCCAGUAAGGACGUGUCCGAGAACAAAGAGGCCGGCGGCCUGAAGACCCCCACCAGCGAGGAGCCAGCCGCCAAGAGCCGUGGUAGAGGCAGAAAACCUAAGCCCAAGCCUGAUCCAGAAGCGACAUCUAAGGAGCACGAGAAGCCUGCUGACACGUCAGCACCUCCUCUGGCCAAGGACAAGUCUCUGUCGGCCCAGAGACCCGGCGCAGGGCCCAGACCGGGCAGGAAGAGCCAGCAGCUGCCACAGCAGAGCAGGAGCGCCAACACCAGCAGUGGAGCAGCCGGUGGAUCUGCCCUGAUAUCGCCACUGGGGGACGGCCAGAAGAGACCAGCCGCACCGGCAGUCAAAGGCCCAGCCACUAAGGUUCGACCACAACACCAAGGACCGGCGUUGUCAGUCUACAACACGCCCAUCUACGGCAAGGUCCUGUCUGUGGACCUGUACAACGACCCGUCCACCUCUCUGGCCAUGUUCAUGUCUGGGAAAGACAUUAGUGGUGGUGCUGGUGGUGGUGGUAGCAACAGCAGUGGGAAGGGGAAGCCCAUGAAACGCCUGAGGAAGAGCGAGGAGCUGCUGGAGCCCUCCUUUGGCACCAAGGCCCAGAGGAAGCAGCCCCAGGCUGAGCUCCUCAUCAAGCUGGACCACGAGGGAGUCAUGUCCCCCAAGACCAAGAAGACCAAGGCCCUGAUGAUGAUGGAGGGCCAGGGCCUCUCCAAGAGGGAGAACAAGGCAGCCGUGCUCGGCGUGGGCUACACCACCAUCUCCACCGCUUGCAACAACAACACCAUCAGCACCUCUAACGCUAACGCAAACCCCUCCAGCUCAUCCACGGCCUCUCCAGCUCAGACCAACACCAGCGCGGCUGGUAACAACGCUGUGGAGAAAAAUGGCAACAGCAAGUCCAAGACCGCAACUACAGAAGUAGAGGCUGCCAAAGUGGAGAGCAGUGGCUCUGGCUACGCUGGUGUGCGUAAGGUGAGCUGUGAAAGCCUGGCCAAAGGGAAGGGCUCUGGAGACACAGCACUGGUGAAGAAGGUAGAGGAAGAGUCAGCCAGCAGCAGUGGUACCAGCAGCAGCUCCGACUCCGAGCCAGAGGAACAACAACAACAGCAACAAAAACAGCAGCAGCAAAAACAAAAACAACAACCACAACAACAACCACAACAAUCGUCGUCUGCGGCUACCAUCGCCAAGAAGGACAAGAAGUCAAACGUUGUCACGGCAACGAAGCAGGACCAGAGUUCCGUCAGCUCCAGGGCCUCGAGCCCGGCCUCCUCAAAGUCCUCCAAAUCCACCAGCUCCUCCAGCAGUAGCUCCUCUUCCUCCGCUGGCUCCCACUCCUCCUCGUCCUCCUCCUCCUCGUCCACCACCGAUGACGAAGAGGAGUCGUGCAGCUCUGAUGAGGAGGCACCCGUUCUCCCUGACGAGACCUCGCCAACUGCUCCCACUGAGGAGGAGGAGGAGGAGGCCCCACAGAAAGUAGAUGAACAGGAGGAGGAAGACGAGUCAAAGCCGGAGGUGCCAGCUGAAGAUGAAGAAGAGGAGGAGGAGGAAGAGGAGGAGGAGGAAGAGGAGGAAGCUCCAGCCGUGAUCACCAAGGGCCGCAAGCAGGAGCAGCAGAGGUCCUCCACCCAGGCUCAGGCGCAGCAGCAAGCCCAGCAGCGGGAGCAGAGAGCGGCCAAGUCCCAGAAGGCCAAGCAGAAGGGCAGUGGCAGGCCCAAGAGACGGGAGGGCGUCCACCUGCCCACCACCAAGGAGCUGGCCAAGCGCCAGAGGCUGCCCUCCGUGGAGAACCGGCCCAAGAUCUCGGCCUUCUUGCCUGCGCGCCAGCUCUGGAAGUGGUUCGGGAAGCCUACCCAGAGACGAGGUAUGAAGGGCAAGGCGAAGAAGCUGUUCUACAAGGCCAUUGUGCGCGGCAAGGAGAUGAUCCGCAUCGGUGACUGCGCCGUCUUCCUCUCCGCCGGCCGGCCCAACCUGCCCUUCAUCGGGCACAUCCAGAGCAUGUGGGAGUCCUGGGGCAGCAACAUGGUGGUGCGUGUCAAGUGGUUCUACCAUCCAGAAGAGACCAACCCUGGCAAGAAACUGAAUGACAAAAAGAACUGGGAUCAGAUGUCUGGAAGACUGAGUCUUCCCGCGGUCCUGCAGGUGUCCAACCAGAGGAAAGACUUCAUGGAGCGAGCCCUCUACCAGUCGUCGCACAUUGACGAGAACGACGUGCAGACCAUCUCCCACAAGUGCCUGGUGGUGAGCCUGGAGCAGUACGAGCAGAUGAUCAAGACCAAGAAGUACCAGGACAGCGAGGACCUCUACUACCUGGCGGGCACCUACGAGCCCACCACGGGCAUGAUCUUCAACACCGACGGGGUGCCCGUCAUCUGCUGAGCUGCCUCUCCGAGCUGCCAGCGAGCGAGCAAGAUGGCUCUCUGGCCUCUGCUGUUCCUCCUCAGUCAAGAUUUGUUCACUCACUCGAUCGAUCACUCGCUCUUGUUUGAUUCGGGGUCGCGUUACACUGCACACGCACACAUGGUAUCCCCUCUUGUCCUACUCGCUCUCUCUGUCGGUCGGUGUGCAGUACUUAAAUCCUUGCGGUGAAGACUAGGAAGUACCCCCAAAGGGCUCGGCAGGUGUAUCAGAACACGACACACGACUUCUCGAUCUUCCACCUCCCGAUGUACGCAACUCGGAGAGGAAGUGUGUGAAAAGAACCCGAAGAGUGUCGGCACACUGCUCUUUUUUUAAGGCAGAGUUGAGUUGAGUUGAGAAGGGUGAUCAUCAUUUCACUGGAUUUGACUGAUGGCAUUUGCCCAAAUUGGAUGCCUUUUUCCCUCAAAUUGACUUCAAUAACACUGCAUUUUGGAGUCAUUGGCAGCUCUCUUAUGUAUCUGUAUGAAACCCCACGCUCUCGCAGGGGCUUGGGACGACUAAAUUGCGAGGAUAUUUUUUAACGCCAUUUAAUGGAGCACAAUCCGCUUCUUCCCCAGUCUUGGAGUAGCAAAGGAAAAAAGAAAUGUGAGGAUGAAAAGCUGUUGCGACUGACAGAGUGUUUAUUCUACAAAAAAAAAACAGGAAAUGGACUUGGAAAGCAGACGGUGGCGUGUGCGUGUGCAUGUGUAGAAAUCGUCACAGAAGGGGAAAGAGGGGAGAAGAAAGCGUGGAGGAACGUCUUCAGGGGUCAGCUGCGUCUGCACGGCUGCGUCUCUCCUCCGCCAUCUUCCCCUACCCAUCACCAGCAUGACUCUAAUGGAGGUGACACCUCUCCCAUGGGAAAGCCUCUCGGGAGGGCAUGGGUGACGCAGAGACUGUGUGUCUGUGGAGAACAGAGAAGAGGUGGUGGUGGUGGUGGUGUUUAAAACAAAGCGGAGGAAUAGUGUUCAGCUACUCGACCAGACAUCUGGAGUUGUGUGAUUGGAGCUGACAAGCCAUGUCACGCACCGUUCUCCCGUCAGCCGCAGUAUAGACGGAUAUGACAUCUCCAGCCAUCUCUCACUGGCCGUGUUGUCCAGUGACCUCUCUGUGGCCCCGGUGGAGGACGUUCCUGAGGAGAGGAAGGCUGAUGGUGAUGGUGGAGGAGAACGUGUGACUUGAUGCAACAAGGCAAAGACACUGGUGUCGGCAGUCAGAGCAAAAGACCCAGCUCCUCUGUCUGCCCGAAAACCAUCCAGUGGCGAGGAAGCCACCAUUUUGAAAGGAUAUAGAAACAAACAUCAAAAGUAGGACACUGGAGAAGAAGAAAAGAAAGAUGGCUACCCCACGCCUCCCUCUCUCUUUCUCUCUCUCUCUCUCUCUCCUGUCUUGUCAGAACAGACAUGGUUGGAUAACCUCCCCCACUCCGUCCCUCCCUGCUUCUCUUUUUCUCUCUCUCACACCUUUCCUGUCAUGAGAGCCGGUACACAGGGCUGCGAGGUUCAGGCAGGUUUGCUGGAGAUCUGGCCAGUGCCCUUCGCCGCUCUGCGCUGUUUAUUCACUGGAAAGUGUGAGUCAAUUUUCCAACGAGCAGCCCAAGAGAUCUAUCAGAACAUUUACACAGGCCCCUCCUGCAGACACAGAGCCGCUCUGUAUGCGUGUGUGAGUCACUUAGCUGUCCUGGAACAGAAGGGAUCUCUCUCACUCUCUCUCCUCUCUCUCUCACUCUCUCUCUCUCUCUCUAUCUCUACCUAUCUUUCUAUCUAUCUUUCUGCUUGUAUAGAUUUUGUCUGUAAAUAUUCGCACACAUGCACACGCCCAUAUAUAGACACAUUUUAUUUUCAUGUACCAUAGAUCCUAUGUGAAAUUUAAAUUUUUCUAAGGAAUAUAAAAGAUGAAAAAAGCUUUAAUAAACUGUGAAAACAAAAAAAAAUCUAAAAUGACAGAAUAAAAAUAAAUCAGGAAGUCUAGUUUUUAGGGUAAGAUGCUACUGUAUUUGUAAGCCCAGCUGCACGGUACAGUACAUUUUGGACGUGUUGUAUUAUCGCUUAUGUAUGUAAUUCUAUGGCUUAGAACAACUGGGUUUGUGGAGUCCAAGCAACAGUAUUCAGCAGCACCUACCCUAGUCGACAGCAACUGCAGUUUUUUGAACAACAGAAAGCACUUAAACUCUACCCUUGGCCUUGUGCGAGACAGUCAGACUUUCCCUUGACAAUCCCCAGUGCACGUGGACUAGAUUCAGGAGGAUGUUGGACGCCACAGCUGCGGUCCUCGGAGGACUCGGGCCUCAGGUCGGACAAGAGACAUUUCUCACAUGGAGAGAGGACGGUCCACAGCAGCAGCAGCAACAACACACACACACACACACACACACACACACACACACACACACACACACACACACACACACACACACACACACACACACACACACACACACUAUGCCAUGCCCUUGUGAUUGUGGCCUCUUAACCCUCCUCCGCCUCUCCCCCUCCCAUCUGAAGGGUUGUACAUAUUUCUAAUUUCCUCUGCCUUCCAUUUCGCUCCGUUCAUGUUGUCUUUAAUCCCUUUUGUCCCCCCGUCCCCCCCCCCCCCCCCCAUUUUUGCUCUGUUCCGUGGCAGACAAAAGAAAGCAAUUACGUUGUAUUCAUAAAAGCACUUUGCAGUAACUGACAUAGCUGUUAUGGCAUGAACAAAAGACUGUAGGAGAAAAAAUAUAUAUAUUUAUAUAAUCAGUGGCACGGUAGUGGCUGUUCAUGUGAUUUUAGGAGCUGUGUGUGUGUGUGUGAUUCUCAGAAGUCGCUGGCCUUUUUUAAUCCUUUCUUUGUAUCUGCUUCCCUUCCAUCCCCACCUGUGCACAGCAGAGAGCGCAGCCCCCAUUUUCACCACCACAUGGAUGCUUCCUCUGUUGUUCGCCCUCAUCAGCCUUAACCUUGGUCUCAGUUGGCCACUGUGCAGUGUUUUCUUUUUCUUUUCUUUUUCUUUUUUUUAAGAAAAAAAAAGUUGUUGAAUGUUGCUCGUUGUGAACAGUGCCCAUUGAUUUUAAUAUUGUAAUCCAAAGAAGUGGCCAUCCGUCAUCCGAGGCCCUCGACAUGAACGCUGUUAGGACCAGGCUAUUUAUUUGCUGCUUAACUAGUCAAGACCAAUCAAAUGUAUUUGUUAUUAUUAGGGGUGGGGCUUUUAGGGGCGAGGAUAAAAACAUUGUUUUUGAUGUCAAAUAUUUCUUCACAGCAUGAAGAGCUCUUUAUUUUCUUAUAACUGUUUCUGGUUUGCGUUCUUAGUUAAGGAGUUGCAUAUCUGUGCCUAAUGUCAUGAUGGUUGAAAAGUUGAAUGUUAAAAAAAUGUGUUAAUUGGACAAUGAUGCUGUAUUAUAUUCCCAGUUAAUCUGGGCAUGUUUUGUAUAAAUGUGCCUGGUGAAUGUCUUUAAGUGAUGAAAUUGUGCAAAGCUUAUCGCUAAGAUUUCAGAAAAUACUAAGGUUAGCACCAUCUCUAAAUAUAAUGUUUUAGACUGACAUAACAUACUCCCUUUAUCAAGAGACUACACGUAUGUUGUUUUAUGUCAUUUUAUUUUUUUGGAGACGUGCCAUAGGUCCAGCAUGACUCUUUCUUUUAGCCAAAUUUCUCCAAUGCCACAUUUAUUUGCUACCUCCCUGGUAAAUUUGAACACUUUGUGUUUUCCAUUGAUCAUGUCUGCUUCGCCUGUAUGCCCCUGGUCCUUCAUCCUUCUCUCCUUGCUGUUUUUAUGAGCAUGGAGGCCAUGCAGCUCUCUCUUCAUCCUCACUGAAUGUUGUGCUUUUUGAAUGUCAACCUUGUCCUUAAAACUGUUGCCAGACACGUUCAGAUUUUUCCCCAGAUUUUUCUAUCCUUUUUGUCUUUUAUGUCCUUGUAAGAGUAGUUGCAAAGAAGGCAAAAAGGGAAUGGACACUAGCAACAUGCAGCCUAGCCUCUGGAGCAUGCGUGGCAUCUUCAGUAUUUCUGAACUCUAUAUUGUAGGAAUAGUGACACUAUUAUGUACUUUAGUAUCUGAUAGGUUAGAUAUGAGUUAAGUCUUCACUUGUUUCUUAUAUGGUUGCCCAGUCUCUCUUAAAGAGAUAAUUUCUUGUUGAUAUUCAAUAGGUUGCAAUGUUUCUUAACAUGUAAAUGGUUAUUUGUUGUUUUUGAUAUAGAUUACAAUGGUAUAAAUUUUGUUUUCUUUGUCCGUUCGUCCAGCCUGGUACAUUUGUAAGCCCCAUGAGGUGGUCCCCAAGCCAACUUGAAUGGUGCCAAAUAGCCCCAUCACUUACAGAUUCAAAUGCCACAGCAUUCAAAUUUCAUCCAUCAUCCGGCACCAUUUAACUAUUAAGAGAUGGUGUGGUUGGAUUAAGAGAUGGUGUGGUUGGGUUUUCACAUGGUGUUAUUGGUGUAUAUUGAGCUGUUUGGUGUGCCCCCUCUGGAAGAAGAAAAAAAAAAAGUUUCCUCAGAGUCGAGUAAAUGUAAAGCACUUUGUAAACACGUUUUGUAUGCACAUGUUUAAGCUAAAGCAAUGAUGAGCAGAACAAUCAAAGCAAUCACAAAAAUCUCUCCCUAUAUAUAUAUUCUAUAUCUGUAUUUUGCCUUUGCUGCCCCUCAUCAAUAUAGAGUACCUUUGCAGAACACUUGGCCAUUCUUCUCCCCUUCCCCCCACCCGUAGGCCUAAUACAACCGGAGGGAGGGAAACAUAGUGCCCUCUAUUGGUCAACAUCCUUGUAGGUAUUGGCAUAUCAGCCCCCAAGCUCUGGUCCAUCUGACUGGCCACCAUUGACGACACUGAAUUCCCUGAAACAAGAGCGCAUAUUGUACCACGGCAGUUUAGCCAGUGGACAAGGAUACACUAAAUGUCAUAACCAUGGUAACCAUUCACAUGAGUCUGCCCGUCCGGCUGUGUAUUUGUAAGCCGAUGGGCAGAGACAGUACGUGGGUGUAAUAUAACAGUCAAUGGAUGGUAACGUGUAGGUUGAUGCACUGGCUUAUAGUAAGACGCAUUCACCGGUAUUGCUUGCAGAGAGACUGUACUCAUUUACUCUCUGGGUCGUAUUUUUUUAUUUAUACGGGAAUGAAUUCUGUUUUUCCAGUUUCCUCCUCCUUUAGCAUUUGUUUUUUUGUAAAGGUCCUGUUGGUUAUUUGCUGGUCAUAUUAUUACUAUCCCCCCUCUCGGACCAGUCGUCCUACAUGCUUUAUGUGCAAUACUGCUGAAAUUGGUUUCCGUGAGGUAGCUGCUAGUGAUGGAUUGGAAGUGUUAAUGUUUGUGUGGGAGGGAGAGAAGAAGGAGACAAGGCGCGUGUGUGAGAGGAUGCAGUCUGGAGGCUGGUCCUUCACUGGUCUUUGCUGGUCCCUCGGCAUCUGUUAGGUCCUGUUACAAAUUAAGACGUUAAAGAGAAGAAGAAAAAAAAUGAUUAUUUUGACAUUUUAAAAAGCAUCAAGGUUUUGUAAAUGAUCCUUUAUGUGAGAGGGGGAGACGACUAUGAAUAUACUUUGUACACACAUUUAAUCUUGUAAAAAAAAAAAAGAAUACAUUUUUUAAACUCUGAGAACAUGCAUAAACUAUGGCUGUUUACCUGUGUGUAGUUCACAUAAUUGUUUUUUAACAGCAGCAUCCAGUUUUAUCUGUGUUUUCUUUUAGAUUCUUUUCAAUAUUUUCUAGUUCAACAAUAAACAGAUAAAACACUAUUAA